AUGUCCUUGAUCCCACACACCAUGAAGGCCCUCGUGCUCACCCGCAAGGACGAGACCUCCACCCCAACACUCACCCUCGUCCGCGACCACCCCGUCCCCGUUCCCCCUGCCGGCUACCUGCUCAUCCGCAUCCUCGCCUCGGCCAUCCAUCCAUCCGACAUCCUCAACGCCCAAGGCAACUUCCCCUACACCUCCUACCCCCGCAUCCCCGGCCGCGACUUCGCCGGCACCGUCGUCGCCAUCGGUCCCACCGAUCCAGAGGAUUCUUCUACUCCCCCCUCCUCCGACCACGCCGACGAGAACCACGACGACGCCAACUCCCUCCUCGGCGCAACCGUCUUCGGCACCUCGGGCAACACGCACGCCUUCACCGCCGACGGCUUCCACGCCGAAUACGCCGUCGUUCCUGUCGCGGGUGUAUCGCAAGUGCCAGCGGGUAUUGACGCGGCAGCGGCGGCGACGCUAGGCGUGCCGUGGACGACGGCGGGGCUGGCGCUGGAGCGGGCGCGCGUGCGGGAAGGGGAGACGGUGCUGGUGCUGGGUGCGAACGGGGCGGUGGGGAGGGCGGCGGUGAGCCUAGCGAGGGCGAAGGGGUGCGAGGUGCUGAGGGGCGUGAGGGGUGGUGGGGAUGUGGAUACGACGACGGGCGAUGCGUUGCUGGAGAGGGUGGGGGAGAUUACCGGGGGAAGAGGUGUGGAUGUGGUUGUUGAUGCGGUGGGGAGCGAGGCGCUGACGAGCGCGGCGGUGAAGAAGUUGGGGAAGGAUGGGAGGUUAGUGUUUGUGGCGGGAAAGGGGGAGUUGAGGGUCGAUAUGAGGGAGUUUUAUAGGAUGGGGAAGAGUGUUGUGGGGUGCAAUUCGCUGAAUGAGACGGUUGAGAGUAUGGGCGACAGGCUGAGGAGUAUGGUUGCGAGCGGAUCCUUUGAUUUGCUCAAUGGAGAAAGCUCGGAGAGCGGUUGGGAGAAAACGAGUUUGGAGGGUGCAGUCGAGGCGUAUAGCAAGGCUACAGCGGACAAGAAAAGGAAAUUUGUGAUCAUGAUGUAA